UGUUUUGUUUUGUUUGUUUUUUUUCUCAUCAGGUAAUGGAAAUUAAAAAGAACAUUAGGAAAUUUAAUGGAUUUGCUUUUGAAAAGGAUUCUAAAGAAUAUGAAGCAAAAAAGCUUGGUGUGGAAAGAUUUACAAAUGAUGGUUUAAAAAGACUUUGUGAAAUCUUUGACUUGGAAAAGAAAGGAAAGCGGAGUGACCUCCUAGAAAAAGUUAUGGAUUUUCUUAUGUCACCGGAGUCAUCAGGGAGACCUGCCCCUCAACCUAAAGCAAAAAAGGCAGAGAAGAAGAAGAGACAAAGAACAAAAAAGAGUAAGUUUUAAUUAAUAUUUGAUGUUUGGAGGCCAAUAGCAAAUCAAGUUCUUGAACAGUGUGGAAUAAUUUAGCAUCAAUUCCCAUUUUGCAAUUUGUCAUGCUUAGAAUAUCUGAGCACUGAUGAAAUGAACACUGGGAACAAACAGAUCCUGAAAAUGAUGGAAAAUAUGAGAGUGCUACUAUUAGUUACCAAGUUUAUUUUAAGUUUGAUACCCCUCCCAUGUUGGGUUUUUUAGUUAAAACCUCCCCCUCCCUCUGGAAAUUUCAGUUAUGGUUUAUACUUUCCUUUAAAAAUUGUGGUUUUUGUGACUUCCCCUCCCCCUUUCCC